UUUUGUAGUCAGGUGAUUUCCACUUGAAGAGCAUCAAAAUGGCUUCGACAAAAACAGAAGGUAAACUUUCUGGUAAAACAGUUCUUAUAACUGCUGCUGCUCAAGGCAUUGGCCAUGCUUCUGCUAUCAAGUGCGCAGAGGAAGGCGCCAAAGUCAUCGCUACAGACAUCAAUGCAGAGAAACUGAAAGAGCUUGAAAUACACCCUGGAAAUAUCCAGACAAGCGUACUUGACGUGACCGACGAUGAGGCGAUUAAGAAGCUCGUUUCAGGCUUGGAGAGCAUCGAUGUUCUCUUUAAUUGUGCUGGAAUAGUCUUUGGAGGGAAUAUUUUAGAGUGCACUGAGAAAGAAUGGGACCUUACUUUUGAUGUUAAUGUCAAGUCAAUGUUCAGGCUGACAAAGGAAGUCUUGCCCAAAAUGUUAGAAAAAGGUUCUGGCUCCAUUAUCAAUAUGUCUUCUGCUGCAUCAAGUGUCAUGGGGGUCCCAAACAGAUUCAGUUAUUCAGCCUCCAAAGGGGCUGUGAUUGGAUUUACUAAAGCACUUGCUGCGGACUUCAUCACUAAGGGGAUUCGCUGUAAUGCUAUUUGCCCUUGCACCAUUCAUACUCCUUCUUUGCAAUCAAGGAUUGAUUCAGCCCCUGAUCCCAAGAAGGCCUUGGAAGGCUACAUUUCUAGGCAAGCAAUGGGAAGGUUUGGGAAACCAGAAGAAGUUGCAUCCCUUGUUGUGUUUUUAGCUUCUGAUGAUUCAAGCCUUAUCACUGGCCAAGAUAUCCGAAUCGAUGGUGGUUGGAUGUUAUCAAAAUAAUUCCACAUACCUUGGUUAGGGACUGAUUGUUUAUAAUAUCAUAAGGGAGAGGGGGUACAAUUUUAAGUUAAAAUAAAAAUAAAUAAAAUAAUAAUAAAUGGGAAUAACAGGGGAUUCCACAGAGUGGCUUUUCUCCUCCCCCCCCCCCCAACAAUACAACAAUAAACGGUCGGUCCCUAAUAUCCAGAAAUUCCAUAUGCUAUAUUUCCUUUGGAGUUUUAAAGGGCAGUUCUAAAAAUGAAAAUCUAUUUUAAAUAAAACUUAAUAUUUGAUUAACUCAGGCUAUUAGUUGUUAUUAUUAAAAAAGACAAUAAGCAAG